AUGAGCUCCGACGAGGAUUUGCCGAUGGAUUACACGGAUUCGGAGCGAGGCGAUGUGGACGAUGAGGUUUUUUUUUUUUGGUUUUUACGUGACCUUUUCACGUGACACUUAAAAACGUGUUUUUGUGGAAUUUCUGCGCCAUUUCACCGCAAAAUGAGCACGAAUACGAGUAAAACGUCGGCAACGUCGAUUUCGGUGAUUUUUUGAAUUGAAAAUUUGAAAUUUCUUGCGAAAAUGCAGAAAAUUUUUUAAAAAAGUGACACUCUCACGUGAUACUUACGUGGAUUUUUGCGGGAAAAUGUGUUUUUUUUUCGGAAUUACUGUGCCUUAUUUUGCCGAAAAUGGCGACGAUUACGAGCAAAAUGUCGACAAUGUCGAUUUCGGUGAUUUUUUGAAUUUGAUGCAAUCCCGAAAUCAAUGAAAAACGCGGAAAAUUUUGAGCUAAUCUCACUUUUCUCCAUUUUCAGUGUCUCAGCGACGACGACGGAAUAGCACUGGAAAGCCACGAUCAGAAUAGUUCAGAUUUCAAAGAUUCCGGACCGGAUAAUGAGGUAAAAUUGGGGGAGAAUCACCGAUUAGCGCUUUUUACACACAAUUUUGCGCGCUUUUCAAUGUUCCGAGUAAAACAGCUGAAAAAUCGACGAAAAAUGACAGUUUUUCUGCAGGUAAUGAACCACGACCAACUAGAAGCGGAGAUGAAGACGACAAUAUCGGAAGUGCAGGCGGUGCUGCAGGUAAAAAAGGGCACGUGCCGAAUCCUGCUGCACAAGUACAAGUGGAACCGCGAGUCGUUGCUCGAGCGCUUCUACGAGCAUCCCGACACACGCGCCUUCCUCAUCGACGCGCACGUAAUUCCACGUCACACGGAAAAGGUGCCGAUAGGCGACGGCGAGUGCGACAUUUGCUGCUCGCUGAGCGAACUCAGCGGAUUGGCGUGCAAUCACCGCGCGUGUACGCUCUGCUGGAAAUCAUAUUUAUACAACAAAAUUUGCGACGAGGGACACUCGGAGAUCGAGUGCAUGGCGGCCAAUUGCAAGCUGCUCAUCGAGGACGAAAAGGUGCUGGAAUACAUAACCGACCCGACGGCGAUCGCCGCCUACCGCCGCCUCAUAGUCGCCAGUUAUGUGGAGACGAACCGUCUGCUCAGAUGGUGUCCGGGAGUGGAUUGCGGAAAGGCCAUCAAGGUAACAGUUGCACAAAAACGAUAUGAACGUUUUCACUUGAUUCGUUUCAGGUGAACCACUGCGAACCGCGUCUCGUUGUGUGCACGUGCGGCUCGCGCUUCUGUUUUUCGUGCGGAAACGAUUGGCACGAGCCGGUGAACUGCCGCCUCCUGAAGCUGUGGAUGAAAAAGUGCAACGACGAUUCGGAGACGUCGAAUUGGAUCAACGCGAACACGAAAGAGUGCCCGAAGUGUAUGAUCACGAUCGAGAAGGACGGCGGCUGCAAUCACAUGACGUGCAAGAACACGGCCUGCCGCUUCGAAUUCUGCUGGAUGUGUCUCGGACCCUGGGAACCGCACGGAUCCUCCUGGUACAGCUGCAAUCGGUCAGUGCUCGCCCCCCACGUUUUUUGCGAAAAAAAAACUGUAAAUUUACAGAUUCGACGAUUCGGCGGCGAAACAAGCGCGCGACGCCCAAGAAGUAUCCCGCGCGAACCUCCAACGAUACCUCUUCUACUACAAUCGAUACAUUGGACACCAGCAAAGUCUGCGGCUCGAGGGAAAGGUACCCUAACGGUUUUUUUUUGCUCAAAAAACGCAUCUUGCCGAUAUUGUAGCUGUACGCGACGGUGAAAGGAAAGAUGGAGCAGAUGCAGACGUUGUCAAUGUCGUGGAUCGAGGUGCAAUUUUUGCGAAAAGCCGUCGACGUGCUGUCGGAGUGCCGCCGCACUCUGAUGUUCACCUACGCGUUUGCCUACUAUCUGAAGAGGGACAACAACGCCAUCAUUUUCGAGACCAAUCAGAAGGUUUGUCGAGAGAUUUUGUUACAAUUUGUUAGCGAAAAAAAAACUGGCGCGGGGGGCGAUUCUGGAAUGCGAGCAUACCACACGGCCCAAAUUUUCCUUGAUUGUUUGCAGGAUCUCGAGAUGGAAACUGAGCAACUGUCGGGAUUCCUGGAACGAGAUUUGGAGACGGAAAAUUUGGUGACACUCAAACAGAAGGUAAGAAAUGCUUAAAUGUCUUGUUAGUUGAAAAGAAUGAUGUUUUCCAGGUGCAAGACAAGUAUCGCUACGUGGAGCACCGCCGCAAAAUACUAUUGGACCACUGCGCCGAAGGAGCCGAACAGGACCUCUGGGUUUUCAACGAGUAA